UUCCAUCCUUAAUUGAUUGGAAACAGAUGAUUGUUACAAUUAUGAGUAUCAAAAACAAAUUCCAAUAGUAAGCUGCUGAGCAUGUUUGAUAGAUGUUAAGAUAACGGGUAAUUGCCCCAACUUCUAUCCUGUAAUCUUUAUUUGGACACGGGAAAUAAUUACAACGUAAUCUACGGCUCACUAUAAAACUAACCAUCAAUGAGCCUGCAGGGUAGUGUCGUCUAAAGAUCCAAGCUAAACCGUCAUGAAUCUGCUCGAGCACCUGCAAUGGUUUAUCAUCAAUCUGUUCGAAACCACCUCGGCCCACGGCUUGCGCCAUCUGGUCCGCAUGGGCGUCCACAUCGUCGAACGGAUGGUCUGGAUUACUUUCAUAUUUGUGGGAAUCUUUGGAAGUGUUGCGUUGGCUCAGCGUAUCUGGGACCGGUACCAAACCUCACCGGUGGUCAUAUCGAUGGAUCGUAACAUGUACUUUUGGAACACGAGCUUUCCGAGCUUGACCGUGUGCACGCACCAUCGGAUCGACCAGGACAAGGUUGACCGGUACAUUGGCGAACAUCCGGAAAAGUUUGCGAAUGAGGGAGAUUCGGAUGAUUUCAAGGAGUUCAUCGUCAAGUUGGCGAACGCUAGCUAUGAUACUUUUAUGGAACUACCGGUGCACAAAACGUAUGGCAUUCCAAGCGAAGACUACCUGGAGCUGAUUCAGAAUCUGUCGUGGCCGUUUCAGCCGAUGAGUAGUAGCGGAACCACGUUGUUGCUGCAAUUGCAGCCCACCAUAACCGAGCUGGGAUCGUGCGUGUCCGUCAACUCCAAGGUUGCGGCGUACAGCUCGUACGAGUAUUGGAGGAACAACCGGUGGGAUUUGGUACCACCACCGGAACCGGUAGUCGUGCACCCACUGGACGGUGAGGUGUACGGUCAGCUGAUCAAGCUGGAGAGCUCGUACGAGGUGUUCUUUCACGGGUUUAUGGAAGUGCCGGAGAUCAGCAAGCGCCGAUACUCGUUUCUGGAAGCUUUCUACACCACGGUUGAACUGCUGGCGCUGGAGAUCAUCACAUCGCCGAAUGCUAGGGAACUGUCCAUUUCACAGCGCAAGUGUCGCUUCACGCACGAGGCGGACAUUCUGCAGUUCAGUCCGGUCUACAGCUACAACCUGUGCCGGAUCGAGUGCCGGAUGAAGCUGGCGGUCAGAUUUUGUGGUUGUGUGCCACAUUUUUACAGAAACGCUGGAAAGAAGUCGCUCAAGUACCGGAUUUGUGACUUGAGCGGGUAUCAAUGUCUGGGUCAAAAUGCGGAGGAACUAAUAGCUCUUCGAGGGAUAAAGGGCAACACCGAAUGCAACUGUGUUCCAAACUGCGACGAUUCCAAUUAUUUCAUACAAGCUUACAGAUCCCGCGAAUGGUUCCUUGGGGCAAAUCUGCAGUGGGGGUUAACAGACUACCCAAAAAUGCAACUGAAUCGUGACAUGAUCUUUGGACUUUCGGAUGUUUUCGUCUACAUCGGUGGCCUCGGCGGGUUCUUCCUCGGGUGCAGCCUGAUCACGUUCACCGAGUUCCUGUACUUCUUCGCCUGGCGGCUGUUCAAGCAGCAGCCCCGGCCAACCUAGUAGCGCCGGCUAGCUUUGGAGCGCA